CACCAGCUCAGCACAACUUUUCGUGCCCACUCUGCCUACGGCCUUAGAGUGUCUGACGAAGCGAUAAAAAUCUGGUAUUUGUCAGAUAUAUCUGGCAACCUGGCAACACUGGUCAAAGUAUAAAUACAAGUAAUUUUGAAAUCAAGGUUGAAGAUGAGAAACUGCUUCAUACCAAAAUGCGAUUUGCUUAAUAAAAACAAUCCCAAACGAGCAAUGUUCAACGUUCCAAUAAAGGACCCGGUACUCCUCAAACAAUGGGAAGCUGUUCUUCCCAAACAUCGACCAUUGAAGGAGUUUGAUCGAGUCUGCGAAAAUCAUUUUGCGGAAGAUGACAUUUUACGUUACUGGGAACACACAAUAAAUGGUCAAGUAGAAAGAAUGGAGCGUAAAAAACCGGCACUACGGUCAAACGCAGUUCCUUGUUACAUUGAAACAGCGGAGAGUGCAUUUUAUGAAAACCUUGUAAUCCUGAAUCGCACUGCGAAAAUUAAACGGAAGCAGUGUGUCAAAGCACAUAACGCAAAUAAAAAGAAAAAAAUGGAGCAAAUGGAAGACAAUCAAUCAGUGACAAAAAACAAUGAAGCUGAAAAGGGUAAUCUCGAUGUCGGUAAUAUUCAAAAUAAAGAUAAAGUUGAUGAUGAGGUAGUUGAGCAAAGUGUUUCCAUUGAAGUAACUCAGCUGGCGACCUCAGAGUUCGAAGCACUAUAUGACGAUGUAUACGAGGUGGAGUUACCAUCGACGCUUUGGGGUAUUCACAGAGACCUUGAAAAGACAUUCAUAACUUUCACGGAGUUCAACAAAGAUUCAAUGAACAUCAGGAAAUAUCUAUAUAUUGAUCAGCAACUACAGUAUCGUAUGGUCGUCGGGCAGCGAAUAAUGAAAAAAGGCACUCUUGAAAAUGUUUCUACGGAGGCUUUAUCAGAAUUGCUCUCUACCUUAGAUAAAAUAAGAGUUCAAAAAGUUAUUAUAAAAGGAAGUUCUUCUGUGUUCAAAGAAUCAUGAUUUUUUUUAUUAAUUAGUGUAAGCAAAAUCGCGGUACAGAAAUAAAAACUUUUAUCAUUGGUAAA